AUGAGGAAUGCCUGCGCCUUUCCCUCCUCCUCCUCCCUCCUCCUCCUCCUUCUCCUCCUCCUUACCUUCACCAGCUCCAUCACCAGCUCCAUCACCAGCUCCAUCACCAGCACCCACUCCAGCUUCACCGGCACCCACUCCAGCUUCGCCAGCACCUACUCCAGCUUCGCCAGCACCUACUCCAGCUUCGCCAGCACCCACUCCAGCUUCGCCAGCACCCACUCCAGCUUCGCCAGCUCCAACGCCAGCAACGCCAGCUCCCUCGCCAACAACCUCAACUCCAGCAUUUUAGCAAAGGAUGCGCAGCAGGCGACAGACAUCAAAAAUAGUUUUUCUGUGGACUCGUUGAAUAAGGAGCUCAUCAAGAAUGGAUUGCCUCAGGCUUCGAUACAGAUUGUGAAGCCAAGUACAGGAGCAUCCGACAACACAUACUUGUACGUCGGAAUUGGUGGAGGGAUACUCUUUGCUGGAAUUAUGGGAAUGGGUCUAUGGAGAAGACUGAGGAAGAAUCGGGUAAAGACUCUUGCAAGAGAAGUGAGACCCGAGACCUUCGGCUCAGGAAUUUUGGUCAUUCCCACAGAUGGAAAGUUGCCUACUCCCAGCGCCCCUCCCUUGACUGUUCUGCAUGGAGAAUAUGAUCCUGAAGACAGAGACGAGUAUUUCGCCAAUUAUUUUCCUUAAGAGUGAUGCGGCCAAGUAACUAUGAUGGCUUGGGCCGCCACUGAUGUCCCCGCCAGCCCAAUCAUGUUGCGGGUUCAAGUAGUGAGUAGAGAAUGUCGUUCCGUUUCCGUACUGUGAAUGUAUAUUAUCAUAUAGUAGUGUAGACCUGCCAGUAGAUUUACUUGUCCCUCUCACCACCAGAGCACAAAUCCUUCAAGUGAUACGAUUGCAAGAUGCCGUCUGUAGUUUUAAAUGCUAUUAGAAAUUGUACCUGAGUUUUAUUUUAAAAAGAGUCUAUUACAUUAU